CCCUCCGGGCAGCCAUACCCGUCGAUGCGCCCCAUCCGACGGUCGGGACCCGCCCCGGCGAUUAUCUCUCCUUUUCUUCUUUUCGUGGGUUCCGCUACGUCGCCCACUUUCCACCCUUCCCACCACCCCCCUCCCCCCCACCCCCCCAAAACGCCGCUACCCCCUCUCAUUUUCUUCCUCGUCUCCACCUCCUUCUCUCCUCCUCGAUACAUCCGAGCACGCCGAACGCUGUCGGAAGGCACAAAGCGGCGAGCGGCGCCGGGCUUCCCCUCUCUUUCUCGCCCCCGAUCUGCGCCGAUCGGGGCGACCGCUCUCUGGGGACGCCGAUCGAAGGUCGGGCGGCGAUGCUUCCGAUAUACGGAAGCAGUUUCUAGUUUUCUUCAGUUGGUCGCCACAGUUUCCAGCGCUUUCAGCCAGUUGUCUAAUAACUUGUUGUUGUUGUUGUACUUAAGAUUGACACGCUUCGUGUUGUAAAGCAUUGCCAUGUUUGGGGCAUGACUUGUUUUUGUUGAAAUCAAUUGACUUCCAAGGGGUACACUAAAUCCUUGAUGCAACAUAAUAGGAUCACCGUACUGUCUUCCUCAGAGACCUUCCAACUUGGUUCUAGUUCCAGCAACCCUGUCAUGGAUCAUCAGAAUUUACUUCCCAACAACUCUAAUGUGGAUGAACAGAUUUUACUCCCAAAUGCAUUAGAGCAUGAGGACUGCCCACACUAUUUGCUCAACGGUCAUGAUGUGGGUGUGCCAAAUGGAAGCUUGAUUGGUCAGCAAAAUACAAGCUUGAGCUUGUGGGAACCAGCUGGAUCUAGCUCAAUGAGCUGCUUAGUUGAUCAUGACAACUUUUUCCAGGCAAAAAGGGAGCAUCUUGCCUCUUCUCUGUCUAUUGGAGGCCCCUUAAAUAUAGACAGGAGGAGACAUGAAGGCACUAGUUCAUUGCCUUUACACAACCUAAACAUAGACCUCAACAUUAAUCAGGCUGAUCAAUUUGGCUCUGAUGAUGUUGAUCUUGUACAUGGUAAUGGACAAUCAAGUGCAAAUACUGUCACAGCCCACAGGGGCUCUUUCAUAACUGAUCAUAUUAUGCAUCAUGGAGUUUCUUCAGAUGCUACAGGAAGUUCAUCAUGGAAUGCAGAAUGUUUUAAUGGUGCAGCAAGCCAGCACAGUCGUCAUCCAGCUUUUAAGAGAAAGUAUCUUGAUGGAUGUCAAUGUCAUGCAGAGUCUUCUGCUAAUGGAAGCUCACACAAUUGUCACCAGAAUGAUAGUACUCUGCUACCUCUUCGGACCACCUGUGAAAGUUUGACUAUGCCAACCACGACAAAUUUUAGUGUUCCACAUCCUCCUGUGGAACAGCUAAACCAGAGCACUAAUAUUUCUGCAAAUUCUACUUUGAUUGACCACUAUUCUUCUUAUAGUGGUCCACAUGCAAACGAAUUCAUGCGAAAUACACGGAUGCGAAUAAACCCUAGUGAUUAUGAUCAAUCACUGCCCAGCCUUUUACCUGAAGGGAGUUUCAGGUGCCCAGCUUAUCAGCAUACACAGCAGCAGUCAUCAUUUAGGCCAGUGCAACCUAGACAAGUGAGCUCUUCUGGUUCUCAUAGUCGACCUCACUUGCCUGUUGUUACUCAAUUUUCGCAAAAUCUUCACCGUCCUUCAGCAAAUAUUAGUUUUGGAUCAAGGAUUGGGAGUUCUUCCAGUUCUGGUUCUACAGUACUGAUACCUGCUUCACAAGAUCCCAGUACAAGCUUGAUAGGAAGUGAUUUUCCUGAGCCCCUUUUGUUAGGUUCUUUGUUUACAGCUGAUUCAACAAAUUUCUUAUCUGCAUCUGGAAACAGAAGUAACCAGCAAAAUUCUGGAUCCAGCUCUAGUUCCAUGCUUAGACCUGCUGUAAAUGUUGCAGCUCAACAAGUCCCUGGGUUCAACGUAUCUCAGCCAAGUACAACUCUAAGAGGUUCAGCUGAUGUGUCUAGGAGGUCCUUAACUGCUGCUGGUGUUUCUCAUUUUAGAAGUUCAAGCAUGGCAUUGCAGCACCGUGGGACUUCAUCCACACCGCAUGAGAUUCGGAGUCACCAGCCAGGAUCAAGCUCUCGUGCCCAUCAGCAGUCAUUAAGACCUGGUCAUUCCUCGAUAGACAGGCAGAGCUCUGGUUACUUGGACCUUCAGUCUUUUAUGCAGUCCAUAGCUUCAAGGGAAGGAGGCAGGCCAAUGUCACAGAUCCGUAAUGUUUUUGAUCAGAUUCGUCAGGGGAGAAAUGCAAGAUUGGAGGAUUUGCUUCUCAUUGAUCGGUCACUUAUUAUGAGACGCGCAAAUUUGAUUGAUAGACAUCGGGAUAUGCGGCUUGAUGUGGAUAAUAUGUCCUAUGAGGAAUUGCUCGCACUAGGUGAACGCAUUGGGUACGUAAACACAGGACUUAGUGAGGAAAAAAUCCUAAGUAACUUAAAACAACGGAAAUAUGUCUUAAUAUCAUUGGAAGAUCCUCCAACAGGUGUUGAACCAUGUUGUAUUUGCCAGGAAGACUACGCGGAAGGCGAGGACUUGGGCAGACUGGACUGUGGUCACGACUUCCACACCGCAUGCAUCAAACAAUGGCUGGUUAUAAAAAAUGUGUGCCCAAUCUGCAAGAAAACAGCACUGGACGCCUAAGACAUGGCUGCAUUUUCCCUCCCUAGGGAAAAUCCGGUAGCCGGCACUAAGGGCAAGUGGUUGUCAUCUAACCACACCAUGCACCCAAAGACUAGCAACUGGUUACAAGCAUGUUACACCUUCCCAUUAUCAACACACAUGUGGGAAUUUAUACUAUAGGUGGUACAUGGCACUUACCUGAAGCCAAUGGCUGUAGACCCCGGAGUUUCAUCCUUGUUUUGUUUAAACCUAGAUUUGGGAUUUAUAAUUUAUUGAAUGACAUUCGAUUUACUUGGGCAAUCAGCAAUACCUGCUAUCAUCAUUAAUCGCUAAUCAUCUGUGUUUUUUUA